AUGGCACAGAAAAGGAUUAAGCUGGAGCAGGAGACCUCCUCUUGUUCGAUGUGUCUGGAUCUCCUGAAGGAUCCGGUGACUAUUCCCUGUGGACACAGCUACUGCAUGAGCUGUAUUAAAACCCACUGGGAUAAAGAGGAUGAGAAGAAACUGUACAGCUGCCCUCAGUGUAGGCAGACCUUCACACCGAGGCCUGUCCUGGUGAAGAACACCAUGUUGGCAGAUUUAGUGGAGGAGCCGAAAAAGAAUGGACUCCAAGCUGCUCCUGCUGAUCACUGCUAUGCUGGACCUGAAGAUGUGGCCUGUGAUGUCUGCACUGGGAAGAGACUGAAGGCCUUUAAGUCCUGUCUGGUAUGUCUGGCUUCUUACUGUGAGAAACACCUCCAGCCUCAUUAUGAUGUAGCUGCAUUUAAGAAUCACAAGCUGGUGGACCCCUCCAACAAGCUCCAGGAGAACAUCUGCUCUCGUCACAAUGAGGUGAUGAAGAUCUUCUGCCGUACUGAUCAGCAGUGUAUCUGUUAUCUCUGCUCAAUGGAUGAACACAAAGGCCACGACACAGUCUCAGCUGAAGCAGAAAGGGCCGAGAGGCAAAGAAAGCUGGAGUGGAGUCGACUACACAUCAAGCAGAGAAUCCAGGACCGGGAGAACAACCUGAAGCUGCUCCAUCAGGAGGUGGAGGCCAUCAACGUCUCUGCUGAUAAAACAGUGGAGCACAGUGAGCAGAGCUUCACUGAGCUGAGCCAUCUCAUGGAGAAAAGAAGCUCUGAUGUGAAGCAGCAGGUCAGAUCCCAGCAGAAAACUGAAUUGAGUCGAGUUAAAGAGCUUCAGGAGAAAGUAGAGCAGGAGAUCACUGAGCUGAAGAAGAACGAUGCUGAGCUGAAGAAGAUCUCACACACAGAGGAUCUCAACCAGUUUCUACACAACUACCCCUCACUGUCACCCCUCAGUGAGUCCAAAGACUCAUCCAGUGACUCUACAGACUCAUCCAGCAUCAACAUCCGUCCUCUGAGAUACUUUCAGGACGUGACAGCGGCUGUUUCAGAAGUCAGAGAUGAACUACAGGAAGUCCUGAGAGAUAAAUGGACAAAUGUCUCACGGACGGUGAGUGAAGUGAAUGUUUUACUGCCACUAUCAGAGCCCAAGACCAGAGCUGGAUUCUUAGAGUAUUCACGUGAAAUCACUCUGGAUCCAAACACAGCAAACACGCUGCUGUCAGUAUCGGAUGGGAACAGAAAAGCAACGUCAAUGACAAAACAUCAGUCUUAUUCGAGUCACCCAGAUAGAUUCACUGAAUGUGAUCAGGUCCUGAGUAGAGAGAGUCUGACUGGACGCUGUUACUGGGAGAUCGAGUGGAAAGGAGGAGAAGGCAUCAUAGCAGUUGCAUACAAAAAUAUCAAGAGAAAUGGGGGCUGGAAUGUAUCUGGAUUUGGAUAUAAUAAAAAAUCUUGGGCCUUAACCUGCCACAAAAACAGUUAUAACUUUUGGUACAACAAAGUCCAAACGCCUGCCUCCGGUCCUGUGUCCCCCAGAGUGGGAGUGUACCUGGAUCACAGUGCAGGUAUUCUGUCCUUCUACAGCGUCUCUGACACCAUGACUCUCCUCCACAGAGUCAAGACCACAUUCACUCAGCCUCUCUAUGCUGGACUCUGUUUCUAUUACAACAUGGGAGACACUGCUGAGUUUUGUAAACUAAAAUAG